GAAAAGAAAAGAAAAGAAAAGAAGAAAUACCUAACCCAGAAGAAAACCCAACAACAGGCGAAAAAUUCCAUUUCUCAACAAAGAAUCUGAACCAGGAGGAGUUCGUUAAUCAAGAUUGGAACUAGUAAUUCAAUCAUGAAUCCACAUAAACGCUCCAGAAAAGAGUCUGAAGUUGAGACCAAUCUUCCGAGGAAACUUAGGGAAAGACGCAAUACAGCUGUUUCCAGCGGAAAACUUUCCGAAGAAAAUCCAAUACCAGACGAUACACUAUUGUCUGUAUUGAAGGCUAAAUUGAAACCAGUAUUGGGCGAUACAGUUAAGGCUGAUGCGAAAGCAAAACCAGUAUCUGAAAUUAUGAUGAAGACUAACAUGAAAGCAAAACCAGCGUCAGAUGAUGUGAAGAAGGCUGAUGUGUUUGCAACAAAAUUACGUUCGUUUUGGAAGGAAACAGUAGAUGGAUUAAAGGAAGAACUUAAAGAGAAGGAGCUGGAACUUGUGUUGCUUGAAAAUAUUUCGACAAAACAGAAACUGAAAUACUGUAUUGAUCUGCUUGCUGUACGGGUAAGUGAGUCGUUAUUUGAGUCUUUUGUGGCUGAUUAUGAGGAUUAUGCUCGUAAUGGCAUCGAAGAAUUAACUGUAAGAAUGGUAAACAAGCAGCUCGAGUUUAAUCAUCUCGAAAAUGAUAUAAAGCGCCUGAACGAAACAAGAACGUCACUCUUAGAUCUUACAAGAAAAGAGAAGCAAGAAGUUGAGCAAUUAUGUAAAAGAGAGGCAGAUAAAGAUGCUGAACUACAUAAAGAUACCGAAAUACUGAGAAAACAGAAGAUUGAGCUAGUAACUGAUAUUUAUUCACUUGACCAAGAGAAGACUGCACUCAGCAUGGAAAAGACUAAACUCGCAAGUCAUGUUGCAGUUCUCAUUAAACAGGAAUCGGAGAUGGGAAUUGAAAUUGAUUCAUUGAGCAAAAAGAAAAGUAAACUCGAAGGUGAUACUGAAUUACUGAACAAACUAAAGAGGAACCUGGAUAGUUAUAUUGAAGAUCUUAACAAGGAGAAGUCUAAAUUGGGAGACGAUAUUUGUAUGCUCAAAAAAGAAAAGAAAAUACUUGAAAACGAGAAGAUUGAAUUGGGGAUUGAACCUGGGUUAUUCAUCAAGGAGAAUGAUACACUAAGAAGUGAUAUUUGUUCUCUUAAGAAAGAGAAGAAUACCUUGGCAAGUGAUAUUGAGUCACUUAAAAAUGACAAGGCUAAGUUGGGAAUUGAUCGUCAGCUAAUCGACAAGGUGAAGGGUAAACUGGUAAGACUCAACAAAGAGAAGGAUAAACUGGGAGGCGACAUUGAAAUGCUUAAAAAAGAAAAGUCUGCACUGCAAAGUGAUAUUUGUCAGCUCAGCGAACAGAAGACAAAAUUAGAAACUGACAGUGAGUUACUUAACAAUGAGAAGGAUAAACUGGGACGUGACAUUGAAAUACAUAGCAAAGAAAAGUCCGCAGUGCUGAGUGAUAUUUGUUCGCUUGACGAAAAGAAGGCUCUUCUGGUAACUGAAAUUGAAUCGCUUAACAAUGAGAAGACGAAAUUGGGAAGUUAUACCGAGUUACUCAACAAGGAGAAGACGAAAUUGCAAACCGAUUUGGAACUUCUCCACAAAGAAAAAUCUACAGUACAAGGUGAAAUUUGUUCACUCAAUGAAAACAAGACUACUCUGGAAAGUGAAAUUGAAUUGCUUAGCAGUAAGAAGACCACGUUGGGAAAUGAGACUGAGUUGCUCAAUAAGGAGAAGACGAAAUUGCAAAGUGAGUUUGAAUUUCUCACAAAAGAAAAGGCUGCAGUACAAGGUGAUAUUUGUUCGCUCGAUGAAAAAAAGACCACCCUGGAAAGUGACAUUCGAUCACUUGGCAACGAGAAGACUAAGUUGGAAUGUUAUACUGAGUCAGUCAAAAAGGAGAAAAAGAAAUUGCAAAGUGAUUUUGAAUCUCUCAACAAAGAAAAAUCUACAGUAGAAAGUGAAUUUAGAUCACUUAACAGUGUGAAGAAUAAAUUGGUAACUGAAACUCAGUUUCUCAACAAGGAGAAGAUGGAACUUCGACGUGAUUUCGAAUUUCUCAACCAAGAGAAAACUACUUUAGGAAUGGAUGUUGUGUUACUCAAGAAAGGAAAGUCAGAAGUCGAAACUGAUCUUGAAUUCCUCCAAGAUGAGAAGAAUAAGCUGCAUGGUGAUAUCCAUUCUCUGAACAAAGAGAAGGAUAAACUGAUUACUUAUUUUGAACUCUUCAACAGAAAGAAGGAUAAGCUGAAAAAGGAUACUGAACUUCUCAACGAGGAGAAGGAGAAAUUGCAAUCAGAUAUUGAGUAUCUCAAUGAAGAGAAGGACGAAUUUAUACGUUCCGUGACGUCUGAUGUUAAUGAAUCAUUCUAUGAACGUGAGAAAACACUUGCUGAGAAUGAAAAAAUGUUGAUAGAGCUUAAAGAGAUGAACCAAACAUUGGUUGCCAAGGAACGUUUUUAUACUGAAGAACUUCAGGAAGCUCGCCAAGAAUUUAUCAAGGUAAUGGCGCCAGAAAAGGUAAAUAACAGACAGACAGGGAUUGGAGUCAAGACAAUGAGAAAAGGAGGACCAGUGCUUUGGAAUUUUAAAGAGGGAAAGAGAGCCUCGCUGAAAGAAGUAAUCAGGUUUCAUUUUAACCGUAUGAAUAAGUAAAACAGAUAAAUGUUCUACAUCAACCUAGUUUUCGUCUGUCAAUCAUGCCAAGGAAUUUUCAGCUGGACAUUAGGAAUGUGAUAAUGGGCUUAAUGGCUACUUCCUCCAGUUUUCUGGACAUGAAUGAAGAAAGUAGAGAUGUUGUUGUUGUUGAAUGAAGACAGUAGAGAUGUUAUCGGAUGGCUCUCCGUGUAAAGCUAGAAAGUGUAAAUGUUAAGCAAUUUAAUUGUAAAAGCUGUUACUGAUCAAGCUACAUUUUUAAGAGAAGUUAAUUUUUCAUUUGUUAUGUGGGGAGUCAUUACCUCAUGCAGAUAGUAUACUCCCCAAUUUUUCUAUCAUUUUUCAAAUUCUUUGGAUCUCUGUACACUGCAAACUUACCUGCAAGUAAGUUGUAAUGCUCACAUAUAUCUUUCCUAUUCUCAUCUU